UCCUGUUUGCCGUGACGUCAUAACGGGGAUCACGUGGCCGCCGGGGCUCCGUCUGGAAAAUCUGAUGGAAUUACACAUUUAGGCUAAUAAUAAUCCUCUUUAUUUCAAUCCUAACGGACGCGUUUUUUUGAAGUUAUCCAGCAGCAGAGAGGUAGGCUGGCUCUCCGGACCCGGUGCAUGAUAUAAGCUCUCAGUAUGGAGAACUGCUGGAUGUUUACGGACUGUGUCUCCCACCACGAAGCUGCAUGGCUACUGCUUUAUUCCUUUAGUUAGCAACUGGCGUCUGUUUUGAACCUGUAGCUAACGUUUGCUAGUACAAAACAAGUGUUUUUGUUCCAGGCUAGGGUUUCUCUCUUAACCUCAUUGUGCCGUUACUACCCGUUAAUAAAGCCGGUAAAUUGGCAACGAACGGCGCUUUUAAUUGUCCAGUAACAGUACGUCGAGGACAUGCCUGGAAUCUAAGUGUUUGUAAAGUUUGACGCAGGUUUUUAAUCAACAACAAAAAAAAUGAAGUCGUCCCUGGCUCCUGGCAUACGAUUUACCACGUCUUUUUCUCGAGAUAGCUGGUAUCGCGGCUUCAUUCUUUUCCUCACCUUCCUCUUCUACACGGCCUACCAUCUGUCACGGAAACCUAUCAGCAUUGUUAAGAGUGAGCUUCACAGAAACUGUUCCACAGUCAUUCGGCCCGCAGGCUUUAACGUAACCGAUAAUGCUACAUGGUGUGACUGGGCACCCUUUGACCGGGACAACUAUAAGACGCUGUUUGGGGUCUUGGAUAACUCCUUCCUGGUUGCCUAUGCCAUCGGCAUGUUUUUCAGUGGGAUGUUUGGAGAGCGCCUCCCUCUGCGUUACUACCUGAGUUUUGGUAUGCUAGGGAGUGGAUUGUUCACGUGUCUGUUCGGCCUCGGCUUCUUCUGGAACAUCCACUCAUUAGGCUACUACGCCUUCAUCCAGGUCAUGAACGGGCUCAUGCAGACCACCGGUUGGCCUGCAGUGGUGGCAUGUGUCGGCAACUGGUUUGGAAAGGGGAAGCGAGGGUUCAUCAUGGGUGUCUGGAACUCCCACACCUCAGUGGGGAACAUCUUGGGCUCCCUUAUCGCCGGAGCCUUCGUGUCCUCGGCGUGGGGAAUGUCCUUCAUCGUCCCUGGACUCAUCAUCGCCUCCACUGGGAUCCUGUGCUUCUUCUUCCUGGUUGAGAAACCCGAAGACGUCAACUGCACUCCUCCUCAGCACCAUAGUGAACAGGAGAGCAGCGAGAAGGAGCCCCUCCUGCAGAACUCGUCCCAUGUUGACCGAAUGGGCAACGGCUCCAUCACCACUGAGCCUGCAGACGUCGUUGCUGUGGAGGAGCACCCUGAGGCCAUCAGCUUCUGUGGAGCUCUCAGUAUACCUGGAGUGGUGGAGUUCUCUCUCUGCCUGCUGUUCGCCAAGCUGGUCAGCUACACUUUCCUCUACUGGCUUCCUCUCUACAUCUCAAAUGUUGCCCAUUUUGAGGCAAAACAGGCGGGAGACAUGUCGACGCUGUUUGAUGUAGGAGGAAUUGUGGGAGGCAUCGCGGCGGGCCUUGUGUCUGACUACACAGGUGGGAGAGCGACAACCUGCUGCGUCAUGUUGAUUGCUGCUGCCCCAAUGCUUUUCCUCUAUAAUUACAUCGGACAAAGGAACAUUGGUACCACAGUCGGCAUGCUGCUGUUGUGUGGAGGCCUGGUGAACGGACCGUACGCCCUCAUCACUACUGCUGUAUCUGCUGACCUGGGAACACACGAGAGUCUGAGAGGAAACUCCAGGGCGUUGUCAACGGUGACAGCAAUUAUUGACGGCACUGGUUCAAUAGGCGCUGCGGUGGGUCCUCUGUUGGCCGGUUUGAUCUCUCCCACCGGAUGGAACAACGUCUUCUACAUGCUCAUCUCUGCUGACAUCUUGGCCUGCCUGUUUUUGACCAGGCUCGUUUUCAAAGAAGCUCAGGGUUGGUGUGGACGUACCCCCCGAGCCAGAGGGUUCAAAGAAAUCUGAAACACUCACAGAAACCGGCACCCAGACACAAAAAAGGGAGACAAUGCUGAAACUCGGCGUACUGUUGGAAAGUUCUUUCUUUUUAGGCUGAAAGGAAACCAGAGGAGGAACCAGUGGAAGAUUUAAGGCACUAAACUGACAAUUGAUGCCUUCUUAUUGUAAAACAGAGAGAAAUAUGUCUUUAUGGAGACGCUUUUUUUAUGACUAAUCUACUCAUUCUAACUUUGUUUUAAUAUUCUUUUAUCAUUAAACGUGUACAUAAUGAGAAUUUUCUUAA